ACUAGACGAACAGGGAGCUGCCUGGAUAUAUUGUCUGUACAUCUUCCCGUACCACAUUUUACUAUUCUAUCUGGAAAUUCCCCAGCCACUGUAUGUGCAAUCCAAACAUAUAUAUCUAUAUGUUUUAUCUGAAACUCGUUUUCUCAAUAUGUUUCUCCUCCUUCACCAUUAUUCAGAACAAACACAAGUUUGGUCGCAGGACCGCAAUAAAAGGUUCGACUCCAGCUAGUUCCUGUGGUUGUUCUAAUCCUCCUUCUGCUCAAAUUUGGGUGGGGAAAAGAUAUAUGCUGUCUCUGGCAAUUUAGACAAUUGCAUGACAUAAUAAUACCAACUGCGAAAAAAAUGUCAUGUACUUUGAAAUAUCGUGCAUGAAGUUGGAGCAUUAUGGCGAGUAAAAUAUGUUGAUUAAUUAGCGUUGAGUAGUUGUGUAAACAAAAUAUGCAGACAGAUCAUGCUAUCAAAGUUUCAAUCAUGAAGGUCUUUUGUUAUAGCUUUCUCAUCAAAUCAUGUACUACUCUUAGUAAAUUCAUUAGAUACUACUCCAUAAUUAAUUCACGUAAUUGAUUGACAGAGUCUAGUAUCAAAAAGAAAGAAAUAGGAGUAGUUAUGAGAGAAGUUCGCUCUUUUACCAUGAGAAACCGUAAUAGUGCUCCAUCCUUGUAGUAACAAGCUAGUACUCAUAUAGCUUUGAAAUACUAGUAACAUCCCUCUCGUAGAAAAAAAAAAAAAAAGGGAAAAUAUGAAUAUUAAUGGAUACGAUGGUUUUAACGUGUAAUGAAUUAUAACAAGACGUCUUUUUAAAAUUUGUUUUAGUAUAAAACUUUGAAUCCAAAACUUGGAUAAACUGGAUAAUGAUGUGACAUAAUCUGAGUUACUGAGUUUUUGAAGAUCGGAUCUAUCCAAGUGUGAUUCAUACUUCUAAACAUUCUUUUGGGCCCAAAAAAAAAAAACAAAAAAACUUAUAAUAUACAUAUGUUCUGUAGCCGCCUCCCCACGAUCCAUUUUUAGCGCCAAAAUAAGUUGUAGCAGGUUUAAAAGAAGCAGAGCAACUAGGACGGACCGAGUACGACAGCGUCCGAGAGAAGCCACAGAUAAGAAAUGGAAGACGAGGACGAUGCGCUGACCGAUCCAGACCCCAGCGAUACCGGCCACGACUUCACCUGUGAAUCCGAAGACGAUCCAGACUACAAAUCAUCCACUAGCGACAACGAUGGUCACGAUAUCGACGCCGAAACAUCCAACAUUUAUCCAGCUCCGGCAAACCAAGACAGAAAGUUGCAAAACGUCGACGCUCUUGUCAGGGGAAAUCUAGUAGUGAAAAGGCAGUCAUUACUUCCGCGAGUUUAUUCUGUGACGGAUGCAGCAGCUAGCGUUAGGAAGCCAUUUAAACCUCCUUGCUCAAAUGGCUACUGCGAUAACAAUGAACAGCUAGCACGACGCCUGUGGGCUCGGAAAAGGUUUGUGCCCUGGGGUUCCUCUAGACCGGCUUUGCUUGGUAUUACAAAUAGGCUAAACGUCUCUGAGACUGCUGAGACAGAAGUGGUGGAAGAGAGUGUGGAAUUACCACCCGGACUUGAACCUUUGGUGUUAUGGCAGCCUGAGGAGGUGGACUGUAACUCGACAACAAUUAUAGUGGAUCCCUUGCUUGUAAAGUUCCUUCGGCCCCAUCAAAGGGAAGGGGUCCAAUUCAUGUUCGAAUGUGUUUCAGGAUCACUAAGUUCUGCUAACAUCAAUGGAUGCAUUUUGGCAGAUGAUAUGGGUUUGGGGAAAACAUUGCAGUCAAUCACGCUGCUGUAUACUCUCCUUCGUCAGGGGUUUGAUGGGAAACCAAUGGUAAAGAAGGCAAUUAUUGUGACACCGACCAGUCUUGUGAGUAAUUGGGAGGCUGAAAUUAAGAAGUGGGUCGGCGAGAGAGUUAAGCUUGUUGCCCUAUGUGAAAGCACUCGUGAUGGCGUUGUCUCUGGCAUUGACAGUUUUGUCAGUCUGCAAAGCACUUUACAGGUAUUAAUUGUUUCGUAUGAGACCUUUCGGAUGCAUUCUUCAAAGUUUAGUCAGAGUGAAUCCUGUGACCUCCUCAUAUGUGAUGAAGCCCACAGGCUGAAAAAUGACCAAACACUGACUAAUAGAGCAUUGGCAGCUUUAUCAUGCAGGCGGCGCAUUCUAUUGUCUGGGACUCCAAUGCAAAAUGAUUUGGAGGAGUUCUAUGCCAUGGUCAAUUUUACUAAUCCAGGAGUCUUGGGUGAUGCUGCAUAUUUUCGUCGUUACUAUGAGAUGCCAAUCAUUUGUGGUAGAGAACCCACGGCUACCGAAGAAGAGAAGAAGCUAGGUUCUGAGCGCUCUGCUGAGUUGAGUGCCAGAGUAAACCAGUUUAUAUUGAGGAGGACUAAUGCAUUGUUGUCGAAUCAUCUGCCGCCAAAGAUAAUUGAAGUUGUUUGUUGCAAGUUGACAUCUCUCCAAUCAGAGCUCUAUAAUCACUUCAUACAUUCAAAAAAUGUCAAACGAGCAAUUACUGAAGAUACGAAACAAUCAAAAAUCUUAGCUUACAUAACAGCUCUUAAGAAGCUCUGUAAUCAUCCAAAGUUGAUAUACGAUACAAUAAGAAGUGGGAGUCCGGGAACAUCUGGAUUUGAGGACUGCUUGCGCUUUUUCCCUCCAGAGAUGUUUUCAGGAAGAUCUGGAUCAUGGACUGGUGGUGAUGGCACAUGGAUUGAACUGUCAGGAAAAAUGCAUGUGCUUGCUCGUUUACUGGCUCAUCUCCAUCAGAGAACUAACGACCGAAUUGUUCUAGUCUCAAACUACACACAGACAUUGGACCUUUUUGCGCAAUUGUGUCGUGAACGAAGAUAUCCCUUCUUAAGGCUUGAUGGAACUACAUCUAUCAGUAAAAGACAAAAAUUGGUUAAUCGUUUUAAUGAUCCAUCUAAGGAUGAGUUUGCAUUUCUCUUGAGUAGCAAGGCUGGGGGUUGUGGCCUAAAUUUGAUAGGUGGAAAUCGACUUGUGUUGUUUGAUCCUGAUUGGAACCCUGCCAAUGACAAACAAGCUGCAGCAAGAGUCUGGAGGGAUGGACAAAAGAAGAGAGUUUACAUCUAUAGGUUUUUGAGUACAGGAACCAUUGAAGAAAAAGUAUACCAGCGUCAGAUGUCAAAGGAAGGGCUUCAGAAAGUUAUUCAGCAGGAGCAAUCGGAGUCUGAGGGGAACCUUCUUUCAGCUGAAGAUCUAAGAGACCUGUUCACUUUUCAUGAGAAUGUGAGAUCUGAAAUUCAUGAGAAGAUGAGCUGCAAUCGUUGCCAAAACUAUGUGAUGCAAGUGGAUGCCAAACUUGAAACAAGCUAUGGAAGUCCAUCAUCUCAAUCUGAGGAAGAAGAUAUAGGGGGAUUUGCUAGUGUUUCUGGGUGCUUACAUAGAUUAAAAAGCUCGGAGAAACAGGUGGGGACGCCCAAAGAAGAAGAUUUAGCUAAUUGGGGUCACCAUCUAUUUCCACAGUCAAUACCUGAUACUAUUCUUCAGUCUUCAGCAGGGGAUGAGGUUUCAUUUGUUUUCACUAACCAAGUAGGCGGGAAACUUGUUCCACUUGAAUCAGCAGUAAGGUCAAACACAGAAGAAGGACGCCCCAAGAACCUGUUGAACUCAAAAGAAAUUUUUUUUCACAAAUCAACCUUGUCAUCUCAAAAUCAAGCACCAUUUCCUUUACUUUCUACCAAUGUGGUUCAGUACGGGAGCAGAUUAUCUAAUCCUUUCAAGCGUCUGCAGAAGCCCCCGGCAAAAGUAGUAAGACCUUCUGAAGGCGUGACAGUUGUAGCAUUGGAGCACAAAAUCAGCCCUCAAAAUCAAUUACCUCAAAAGAGAAUAUUUACUGAUGAUAAAAUUGACAAUGAUUUUGACUAAACUUUAGCUUCUUGGCAUGUUCUCUUUGGCAGUUUCCGUUUUUAUUAAUUCCUGAAAAAUUUCCCAGUCAUCUACUGAACAAUGCAAAUUCUCAUCACUAUCAUUCCAUAAGAUUCUGAUUAGAACUUUUCUUUGACUGGUUCAUAUA